UUGUCCAACCGCCAUCGCAGCAAAUGGGCUACCAACUACCAACACAACAGCAGCAGGUCCUAAUCAAUGCUACUAAGGGCUGGCCUUUUCAUCACACUCGGCAACUUUCACGGUUUCGUGAUUCGUCGUGGGGGAUAAAAGUCCUAUAACUUUUUAAUUGAAUCGUUUUUGAGGACUGUUUACCGUGAGUUUCCACUACAUUUUUGAUCCAGAAAGCAGACAUGGCUGUUGGACUCGGGAGGAGCGAGCCAAAGCGUCAGUGACUGCCUUGUCACACACCCCACUCCGAAGAAGGGAUAUGCAUGCUCUCAACCCCCGGACAGAUCUCUCAGGAAAUUCUUAAUUUUGCCAAGGGUCACCUGUUCUCCGGGCUGGUUUCUGUCCGGAGGAGUAUGACUGGCUGUGUAUGUUCCUGAUAAAGACCAUCCCUAUGUGAUCUGAAGCUCCGUGCAAGGAAGGGACAGCUGGAACAUUGAGCGUCACUAUGGCAUCUGAGGACAUAGCAGCUGCUGUGGGUCGUGGGACCGUGCAGGAGUCUGCCGUGUCAGCCGAGACCAGAAAUGACUUUAUCACUUCAGACUACAGCAUGUCUUGGAGUCCAAGCAAAGCACGCCCACCUUCUCACCAGCCAGAAGUUAGUAACCAGGGCAGCAGAGGCUGCUGCUCACCCCUCCCUCUGUCUCUGAAGUUAUCUUAUGACACCGGGCAGGGGAUGUUUUUGGAUGCAGGAUGCAAAUGCUGGGAUUACUCGAACCCUAAACAUGCUAGUGCCUUAGACCAGCUCAGCGCCACGUCUCUGGGGGAGCGGAGGAUGGGGGGAAUUGGUUUUAGGGCCUGGAAGGCUGGUUGCAGAAGGACCUGGCACCCCAUCGUAUCAGUUAGAGGGCACGGCGCCGAAACUCUGGCCAUCAGCCUGCGGAUUUGCAGGGGGCUGCUCGGCUACUCCGGACUCAGACUCUCGGAGAUCCACCAUGUGUUGAGUGUUGACAACCUGGUCCACCCAUGCAGGAAGCUCCUAGCCUUUGCCAGAUGUGUGUGUCUUAGGGUGGAAUGGCCUCCCUACCUCUGCCCGGCUCAGCCUAGGUACGGGUACCGGGCCAGCUCCCAGAAGACCUCUGUGUAUGCCUGUCUGACCGGGGCCCUGCUGGAGGCCACCGCCGCCAUCGGGGCCCGCAGUGCUCUGCCCAGAGUCACUGUGUGCUCCACUGGCCACUCCAUGCUCAAAGAGCGUCCGAUGUGCACCAUGUCAGUGUCGAGCGCCCUUCCGUCCAACAUCAGCAAGGAGCUGGCCGAGCUGUGCCACCUGAUCCAGUUCCCCGAGGAGAUUGCUCGGAUCCUGACGGAGCAGGAGCGGCAGCUGUACCGACGCAUCUUACCCCUGGACUACCUCUGCUUCCUCACUAGGGACCUGGGCAGCCCCGACUGUAGCAAGCACCUGCACCCCAGCCUCGAGGCCUCGCUGUCGGGUCCGGCCUUGCCCACGCAGACCCAGAGGAACUCUGUGGAGGACCUGGUCACACGAUUCAAUGAGGUGAGCUUGUGGGUGACCUGGUUAAUCCUGACUGCGGGUACCAUGGAGAAGAAGAGAGAGAUGUUCUCCUACCUGGUCCAUGGAGCCAAGUGCUGCUGGAACAUGGGCAACUACAACGCUGUCAUGGAGUUCCUGGCUGGAUUACGGUCUCGUAAAGUGCUGAAGAUGUGGCAGUUCAUGGACCAGUCAGACAUUGAGACCAUGCGCAGCCUGAAAGAUGCCAUGGCGCAGCACAAGUCUUUGUCCGAGUACAGGAAGGUGGCACUUAACAUCCCAGGGUGCAAGGUGGUGCCCUUCUGUGGCGUCUUCCUCAAAGAGCUGAGUGACGCGUUGGAUGGAGCAGCCAGCAUUAUGAGCCUGCGCCACUCACCGCAUGACUUGCCAGAGUUUGUGACGGACUACCGCGGGCAGGAGCACUUCCUGCAGAGGGCGGGGCCAGACGGACUGCACAGCCACGUGAAGGAGGCCACGGUCAGUAACAUCCUGCAGAUCAUCCGCUCCUGCAACCGCAGUCUGGAGACAGAGAAAGGGGGCCACCACAAAGGCUUCACCUCUCACAGGAACUAUUUCAUGGACAGGAACCAGUUUGUGGAGGGCGACCUCUCUGAGCAGGCUAAAGAGGUGGCAUUCCAGGGCACCGAGGAGACCCACCGGGCCUUUAGCCACGGCACAGAGCUCAUCCCCUGGUACGUGCUCUCCCUCCAGCCUGACGUCCACCAGUUCCUCCUGCAGGGAUCCACCGUCAUCCACUACGACCAGGAGAGCCACCUCACCGCACGCUGCUUUCUCCGCCUUCAGCCCGACAACUGCUUUCUGACCUGGGCUAAUCCCCAGAGCGGCAGCCCCCCCACAGAUCCCCCAGGCCUGGGUCAACCCGUUGUGAGCGGCCUGGCGGAGGGCCUGCUGGACAUCUCUGUGGUCAAGGCUGUGUUCAUGGGCCACCAGGGGGUGGACAUGUUCACUGUGUGUCUGCAGAACAAGCUGUGUAACACCAUGAGGGCCGAGGAGAAUGGGGUCAGUCUGCUCUACGGGCUCCAUACUACAGACAACAGGCUACUGCACUUUGUGGCCCCCAGGCACACAGCCAGCAUACUGUAUGAGGGCCUGGUGGAGCUGGUCAACACCAUGAGGAAGCUGAAGAAGUUCCCAGAUAAGAGGCUGCACUGGCUCAGGAGGCAGUACAUCCACCUCUAUUGGGAGGAGGGCAGGUUUGAGGGUCCCACCCUAGCUCAGGCCAUCAAGCUGUUUGGGGGGCGGUGCUGGAACAUGGGCACAGAGAAGCCCAGCACACAGAAGAACAGCUCCACCACCAAGAAGAAGAAGAAUGCUCUCGUCAGGAAAUACAGCGGGGACGCUACCGAUGACGAGACGAGCCAACGUAAAACCAAGAGCUGCAAGGACACCCUGUGCAGAAACGGGCCGGAGCUAUAUGACAGCGUGCACCAGGAAGAGUUAGAGGACGGCUUCCCUGGACCCCUCCCCCCACCGUGCUGCAAGAGCCCUGGUUCCCUGACCUCUGGCUCCCUGGCUUCCUCCCCCAUCCUUUCAGGCAGCACCAAGGCCCAGCCAGGUGCAUGGAGCAGCAAGAGCUGGCACGGCCUAGGGAAGGGCUACUUCAAGGGCUUCCAGGACCUCAUGAGCUCUGACAGCACUAUGAGCUUCAUCGAGUUCGUCGAGCUCUUCAAGUCUUUCAGCAUUCGGAGCCGUAAAGACCUGAAGGAGCUGUUUGACACCUACGCCGUUCCUUGCAGUAGCUCCAGCCCAGAGUCUGCCCUCCUCCGCACCACCCUGAGGAUUGACGACAAGGAAACGGGACUGCAGCCUGACCUAGACUUGCUGACCUGUAAUGGAUUGGACCUGGGCCUCUUCAUCCGAACACGCCAGCAGACGUCGGAAAACCAGAAGCAAAUCUCAGACGCCAUUGCUGCAGCCAGCAUCGUGACCAAUGGGACGGGCGUGGAGAACGCCUCUCUAGGAGUGCUUGGGCUGGCCAUCCCACAACUCAACGACUUCCUGGUCAACUGCCAGCGGAAACACUUGACCUACGAUGAGAUCCUCAGCAUCAUCCAGACAUUUGAGCCUUGUGUAAGCAUACGUCAGAUGGGUUGGAUGUCCUUUGAAGGUUUUGCCAGGUUUUUGAUGGACAAGGAGAACUUUGCAUCUAAGAACGAGGAGUCUCAGGUGAAUGCGGAGGAGCUCCAGUACCCAAUGUCUUACUACUACAUAGAGUCCUCUCACAACACGUACCUCACUGGACACCAGCUCAAAGGAGAGUCCUCCGUGGAGCUUUACAGCCAGGUGCUGCUGCAGGGCUGCAGGAGUGUGGAGCUGGACUGUUGGGAUGGAGAUGACGGAUCACCCAUUAUUUACCACGGAUACACCCUGACCACCAAGAUCCCCUUUAAGGAUGUGGUGGAGGCGAUCAAUCGCACUGCUUUUGUCAACUCGGACAUGCCGGUCAUCCUGUCCAUUGAGAACCACUGCUCUCUGCCCCAGCAACGCAAAAUGGCUGAAAUCUUCAAGGCGGUGUUCGGAAUCAAGCUGGUGAGCAAAUUCCUGUUUGAAAGUGAUUUCUCUGAUGACCCGCUGCUCCCCUCCCCCCUGCAACUGAAGGGAAAGAUCCUCCUCAAGAACAAGAAGCUGACAGCACACCAAGCUCCUGUUGACAUUCUCAAACAGAAGACUCACCAGCUGGCCCACAUAAAGGCAAAGACCGGUAACGGGGCCCCGGGAGGAAGCUCUCCUGGUAACCACGAUGAUGACGAUGAAGAGGAAGAAGACGAGUAUGACGAUGACUGCGAAUCCCAGCCUGAUGAUAACAUCCUGAAUGAUAAACCAGAAAGGAAGUCAUCUGGUGACAAGGAAGACCAUCCCAUCACUGAUGAGAUGGCCAAGAGGAUGAAGAAAGCAGACAAUGCUGUAACCAAGUACAAAGGGAAGGUAUUUGACAUAGAGCUGGAAGAAGAGUUAUAUCCCCCACAGAACAAGAAGGAGAGUCGACAGAUCGCUCAGGAGCUCUCUGACCUCAUCAUCUACUGCCAGGCCGUCAAGUUCCCUGGCCUCUCCACCCUCUCUCAUUCAGCCUCUGGCAAAAGAAAAGACAGAAAGAACAAGAAGUCCGUCUUUGGCAUGGAUCCUGGUCGUAGUGGAGGCAGCCCCAGGGAGGCGGUACCAGGGAAGGGUAGCGUGGAGGGCAGCCGUCUGAGCUGGGAAGAGCAGACAUCGCCCGUGCUCAGCCCCAAUGCCUCAGUGAGUGCCGUCAUCCACACUCCCAAGUGCUACCACAUCUCCUCUGUCAACGAGAACACUGCCAAGCGCCUGUGCCGCCGCAAUUCAGAGAAGCUGAUCCAGCACACCACCUGCCAGCUGUUAAGGACCUACCCGGCCGCCACACGCAUCGACUCAGCCAACCCCAACCCUCUACCGUUCUGGCUACACGGCAUACAAGUGGUGGCUCUCAAUUAUCAGAGUGAUGACCUGCCCAUGCAGUUGAACACGGCUCUGUUUGAGGCAAAUGGGCAUUGUGGAUAUGUCCUGAAACCUCCAGUGCUGUGGGAUCGCAGCUGUCCCCUCUACCAGCAACUCUGCUCCCUGGAGAGAGACGUGGAGAGCAUAAGCCCAACACUCUACUCUCUGACUAUUGUGUCUGGGCAGAACGUGUGCCCUGCCAUCGGCGCGGGCAGCCCCUGUGUGGAGGUGGAAGUGAUGGGCAUGCCCGUGGACAGCUUCCAAUUCCGCACCAAGCCCAUCCACCGCAACGCACUCAACCCCAUGUGGUCAGAGCACUUCCGAUUCCCCGUGCACUUUGAGGACGCCUGCUUCCUGCGCAUCGCUGUGGUCGAGAACAACAGCUACCAGACCACUGCUCAAAGGAUUCUGCCCCUACGGGCCCUCAAACCAGGCUAUAGACACAUCCAGCUGAGGACGCAGCACAACGAGCCCCUGGAGGUGUCCAGUCUGUUCAUCUAUAGCCGCAGAGUAGAGGAGAGCCCCACCGGCACAGCCCUGCCUGCUGCCAUGCUGUUUAGUUCUGAGGAGCGGAGGGCAGCCCAGCAGCACAAAGUGACGGUCCACGGUGUGCCAGGUCGAGAGCCUUUCACUGUAGUGUCUGUGAAAGAGCAGACCACCGCCGGACAGCUACUGGACACGUUGCUGAUGUCCACAGAUGGUGCCAGUGAGUACUUCCUUUGUGAGGAGAAGGUGUCACUGGGGAAGGAGCGCAGUGACCGUAAGAGGUGUCCUCAGCAGCGCCCCGUAGCCCCUGAGGAGGAGAUCAUCAGGGUUAUCAACAGCUGGCAGCCAGAAGAGGGAUAUGUGGGCAGAAUCUGCCUUAAAACCAAGGAAGAGAUGGCCCAUGAGGACGAGACGUUUGCCAGCGAGCUGAAGAAACUGACGAGUUGCAGCCAGAGCGUCGUUGCCCCGGCUGCACAAGAGAGCAGUCACAGUAAGGAUGAAAGCAGCAGGGCAGCAUACGGGCUGCCUCUGACUGAGACCCGUGAGUGAGAUGCUCGGUCUGCAGUGUAUGGAUGGAGUCCCCAGAAGGGUCUCUCUCUAUAGGACUCGAAGGCCUGGGUGGUGGAGGGCUGGGCAGAUGCAGAGAGGCUCCUCCUGGGGGGUGGUGGCGGUCCUUGGGAGCAGGGCCCACACCGGCUAUCUGACCACCUUAGAGCGCACCAGUAUUCCUGAACACACCAUGAUGAGUUGAGUUAGUCCCUCCCGUGAGUAAAGAGCUUCCCCCAGAAAGUCCCACCCCGGCUGGCUGGUAGAGUUGGAUGGCGGCUCCAGGAUGACGGUUCGGAGUGAAGGAAGGUCGUGUUAUCUGCUGGGUUGUUAGCUGCCAUCCCUCUGUGUUCAUUAGGGUACACUGUAGCAAAACAUUUUGCAACGGAAAAAGACGAGUGUUUCUUCUUGGACAAGUUUAGGUAGUUCCUCCUUGUUUCAGUCCAUUUUAUUAUUGUUUGGUGCCUAAUGAAUACAUCCCUGAAGUGGUGGCCGUUGCUGAACGCAGUUGCUGAAUGCAGCAGCCAGCCUAACCCUGUUCAGCCUGUUUUUUUAUUUUUAGAAUGAAUUUAGGCUUGAUUCUUGGCCAUGUUGUAUCUUCUUCUACCCGCAGCUGAGUCAUGGGCCUACUGUAGGCUGGUGUUGAAUGUCUGCAUGAACUCCAGACAGUGUAUUUAGUUGAGGUGCGGGAAGCAGCAGUAGCUGCGGCUACCAGCCUUUCUCCUGCUAAGAAUGAGGGCAUUGUGAAUGUGGCCAACAAGCUGGCUUGUUGUUUGAUUCCCUACACAGGCAGCCCAAUUCGGAUCAUUUGCCUAGUUAUUGGCAAAAUAGCUGAUCUGAUUGGUCAAAAGGCCAAUUAGUGGGAAAAGAAUAAAGCAGGCCUUAUGUCCCAGUAUUCGCAGUACUGUAAUUUAUAACUAUAUAGUUGUGUAUUUGAUGAUAUUCAGUGUUUUGCACGAAGUAGUUUUGCUGUUAUAUUCAGUAUUUUUUAUCGCCAUUUUUCCCGAUGGUUUAUCUUGUUUGAUAUGAAAGAGUGCUCUUCAAAAGUAUUGUAACGGUGACUGUUUUUGUUUUGGCUCCUUUCUCCUCCACUUUGGAUUUGAAAUUAUACAAUGAUUAUGAGGUUAUUCAAGUGCGGACUGUCAGCUUGAAUUUGAGGGUAAAAAAUAUUUUGGAGAAUCUAAUAUGUUUCGAAACACUACAUGAAUGUGGAUGCUACCGUUAUUACGGAUAGUCCUGAAUGUAUCGUAAAGUUAGACACACAAAUAUCAUACCCCCAAAACAAUGCUAACCUCCCCUGUUAUUGUAAUGGUGUGAGGUAAGCAUGUCUUGGGGGUAUGAUAUUUGUGCGUCUGUCUUACUCAUCAUUAUUCAUUAUCCGUAAUCAUGGUAGCAUCCACAUUAAUGUAGAAGUGUUAAGAAACAUAUUCAAUUCUUAUUUACAAUAAAAGUGACACCAAAAUGACAAUGCAUGAUUUACCAUUCAUUCCUACUGGUCACAAAAUAAUCUGAAACACAACCGCGGCAAACUGCAAAUCCAUCCAAGUUUGUAGAGUUACAAGCUUGAAGUAAUCAUAGUCUGCUAGGAAUAUGGGACCAAAUACUAAACGUUUGACUACUUGAGUACUCACUGUAUGGUGUUUGAUAUGAUAUUUGAAAACAAAAUGAGAUUUUGGUUUCAAAUUCAACUUGUCAUUGCAGCAGGUCCAAGCGUAUCAGCACUUGAGAAGCCCAUCACCUCUUGAUGUCAAAAGCAAGAGAGGUUUUCAAAUACCCAGGUAUAAUUUAUUUUUGUAAAACAUCAAAUCAAAAGUACAUUUUUAAAGGGGCAAUCAGCAAUUCCUACAUCCAUUUUUGGACUAAUAAAUUGAUCAGUACUCAUUUGAUUCUUGAAUAAUAUAACUUUAAUUUAAAGGCCUCAUAAGCUUAGUUCAACUGUCGUACCCCAUCAGAACCCAAAAUAUAAGCUUGUUUUACUCCAAUGUUUGUAAACAAACCAAAUGUAAACAAACUAUAUAGCCUGGAAACAUGGUUUAGAGUUUAAUUUUGAUAUCAUGGUUGGUCAAUCCUUGCAUCCAUAGCUCGGUCUAUGAAUUUGAGUGAUUACAUUUCUCCAGCCCCGUCCCUCAACUUUUAACCGAACCAGUGGGGGAGGCCGCUUUGCAAUUGUUUUUACUGCUGAUUGCCGCUUUAAAGUCAUUUUGUUGAUGUCUAUUGGCGCACACACAACUAUCAUAAUGUCAAUACAGGGUUUAGCGAUGUCUGAUAUUGUUCCCAAGUUGUUUAUUGAUGAAAUUGAUGAUAGUAUUAUACUGAGUUGUCUACUAGGUGUUUUAACCUAUGCCCAUUUCAGUCUGUUGUCAGAAACUUGAUUCAAUGGGGGCCAUGUUGUUUCCCUCCUUAAUUUAGAAUGUGAUCACUAAGUGUGAGAUUUGUAAAACAAAGUCAGUCUGUAGUUUUUUUCAACUUAGUAUAAGUUUGUUUUAAAACUAUGAAGGUGUGGCAUUUCUAAUUGAAUGAUUUAUAUUGUACUUGGUGUCUGAUCAUUGGUACUGCAAAAGUGUCAACUUCCUUAUAGAUCUCAAUACACAUUUCAGCCUCUCCCCCUGGGUCCAUACAAUCUCACAGCAAACAAAAUGAUGGGCUUUUAUGCAGCGUCUGUAUGAGAUGUAUAAAUACUACAGUAGUUAUAAUACAUAGUCCACUACACUCGUGCCCGUUUACGGGUUGAAAAUGGCAGAUUUAGUCACUGAUAAGUGUCUAAAUUGGAACACAGUGGCUGUACAGUAACAUGCUAUACAUUACGUCAGAGCUCUGCGCUUCACAGCGCUGUGUGGGUUUUGAAUGACAGCCGCUCUGAACUUGAGCACCGCACGUGACAAGAAGCUGCUCCCAUCACUCCUGCUAAUUGGGCAACUUUUGAAAAUGUUUUGUCUCAGUGAGGGAAAUGCUGUCAAUCAAGAGGAUUCAAUGUAUUUUGAAAGAUGAGACGUUGAUGAUUAUAAUAAAUACCGCUUUGAUGUCA